AGAGAGAGAGAGAGAGAGAGAGAGAGAGAGAGAGAGAGAGAAGGAGGAGAGUGUGAGGCUUUUAGUUUGGAGUGAGUGAGACAGAGAGGCAGAGUGAGCUCCAUCUCUCUCUCUUACCAAGGCUGUCACACAUGAACAGGACAACUUGAGUUUGGAUCUAAGCCUACCAUCAAUGAAGAUGACGUCGCGCGUUCCUCCCUGGGUCUUUGGAUUAUUUCUACUAGUGCUGCGGUUCUGCCGCUCCUCUGCUCAGCUGUGGGACGAGCGUGGUCCUCAGGGAGCCUUGGACCUGACAGAGUUGAUCGGCGUUCCCCUUCCUCCCUCCGUCUCCUUCGUCACGGGUUUCGAGGGUUACCCCGCCUACAGCUUCGGCCCGGACGCCAACGUGGGCCGCCUCACAAAGUCCUUCAUCCCCGACCCAUUCUACUAUGACUUCGCCGUCACGGUCACCGCUAAACCGACCACACGGCGUGGAGGCGUGCUGUUCGCCAUCACAGAUGCUUACCAAAAGAUUGUACACUUAGGUGUAGCGUUGUCCGAGGUGGAGGACGGUUCACAGAGAGUCAUAUUGUACUACACCGACCCAGGAACCAGAGCUGGCACCCAGGAGGCCGCUUCCUUCAAAAUGGGAGACCUGACGGGCAGAUGGGCGCGGUUUACCCUGACCGUGCAGGGGGCGGAGGUGCGUCUCUACAUGGACUGUGAGGAGUACCACCGUGUGGCCUUCACCAGGAGCCCUCAGCCUCUGACCUUCGAGGCCAGCUCCGGGAUCUUCGUAGGGAACGCUGGCGGCUCGGGCCUGGAGAGGUUUGUGGGCUCCAUCCAGCAGCUGGUGCUGAAGUCAGAUCCCACGGCCCCAGAUGACCAGUGUGAGGAGGACGAUCCUUACGCCUCGGGGUACGGAAGCGGUGACGACGCUUAUGAGGACAUCGAGGGAGUAGACGAAGUGAAGAAGAUUGUGGAGGAGAGAGAGUACACCAUGCCCUUCCCAGAGCUGGACCCCACUCACAGCAGCCCGGUCCAAGCUCCGCCCACGGAGUCGACACGAGGCGAUGAUGAAGAUGAAGACAUAGAGGAGACUUCUGGACAGGAGGUGGAGAUGACCACAGUAAGAGUGAAAUCCUUUCAGGCUGAAACUCCAGCCUCCGUAUUUAACACUUCCCUCCAGGUGUCUCCAGGGCAGAAAGGGGAGCCAGGUCCAUCCGGCCCCCCAGGAGAACCCGGCCCCCCAGGACACGCCUCAGGAGAGGGGGGGGCAGGGGAGCCGGGCCCCCGGGGGCCACAAGGAUCACAAGGACCUUCAGGCGCACCUGGAGUUUCUGGGAAAGAUGGACAACCUGGAAGCAACGGUGGAACUGGUGUCCCGGGAGCAACUGGGAUUCCAGGAUUCCCAGGACUACAAGGAGAGCCUGGUCCCAUCGGAGAAAAGGGGGAUCCUGGUGUUGGACUACAAGGUCUUCCGGGCCCACCUGGACCUGCAGGUCGACCAAGCAAGUCUUCCAUGUUCUUGGAGGGCUCAGGAUUUGAAGACUUUGACAGUGAUGCAGAGAUUAUCAGGGUAAGUGUUUUCUAUAUAAGUAUUCAGGGCCCUCCGGGGUCUCCCGGCAUCCCCGGGCAACCGGGGCCCCCAGGAUCCCCAUCUGAGGAGCUCUUUCCUGGACCACCUGGGGCCCCUGGGAAAGAUGGGAAGGAGGGAGAGAGGGGUGAAUCUGGACUGCCUGGAGUUGAUGGAAAAGACGGGAAUCCAGGAUCUGCUGGGGACCGAGGAGACAAGGGAGACGCUGGUGUAAGCGGGAAACCAGGAGCAAAGGGAGAUCAGGGUCCUCCAGGGUUUCCAGGCCUUCCAGGCUCAGAGGGUGCAGAAGGGCAUCCUGGUCAUAGGGGUCCAUCUGGUCCUCCUGGGCCCCCAGGUCCCCGCGGAGGAAGCUUCAGCAUGGACUUUGAGGACUCGGAAGGAUCCGGGCUGCAGAGCGGUUCUGGAGCUAUGCUCUCCAGAGGCCCACAGGGUCCUGCAGGAAUCCCUGGACUUCAAGGCCCCAAGGGUAACGAUGGUUUAGACGGCUCCUCAGGAAAGCCGGGGCUAAAGGGGGAGGCGGGGGCUACAGGACCACCAGGGUUUCCAGGACUGGACGGACUAAAAGGGGAAGAGGGGAACAAAGGAGAGUCAGGACAAAAGGGAGAGGCGGGACGGGACGGGCUCAGUCUCCCCGGCACUCCAGGACCCCCCGGACCUCCAGGACCCCUUCUCAACCUCCGAGAUCUUCAACUCAACGACACAGAUGGUGCCUUCAACUUCUCUGGGAUGGUUGAAGCUCGAGGAGGACCACAAGGUCCAAAGGGGGACAGCGGGUUUCCAGGAGUUCAAGGACGUCCAGGACUGAAGGGGGAAAGGGGGGAGCCAGGAUUUGUCAUCGCAGCCGAUGGAUCCAUGAUGUCGGACCGGGCCGGUCCCCUCAGAGUCCAGGGAGAUAGUGGUCUACAAGGACCUGCUGGAACGCAAGGACCGACGGGACCGACGGGACCAGCAGGACCCAAAGGAGAAUUUGGUUUGCCUGGAAGAUCUGGUCGUCCUGGGCUGAUGGGACCAAAAGGAGAGAGUGGGGACUCUGCAGGUCGGCCGGGACUUCCUGGUCUUCCGGGGCUGCCGGGCCGUUCAGGAAUAUUCAACUGCCCCAAAGGAACGGUGUUCCCCGUCCCUCCCAGACCACACUGCAAAAUGCCCAGCUGCUCGAGGAUGACUCUGAAAUAUUCCUGCAUGCUGCAUGUCCAGUCUGGAAAGGUGAAGGCUCAUUGCCAAAACCACAAUGAGCUUCAUCCCAAUGGAACCAUUGUAGUCGGUAACUGUCAGACGGGAGUACAAGGUGAAAAGGGAGCGAGAGGUCUUCCUGGGAUGCCUGCGCCCCCGAACUCGUUUCCUCUACGAGGAGGCUGGGGGGCAAUAGGUGAUCAGGGCAUUAAAGGAGAGAAGGGAGACAAGGGGGAGGAAGGGUUGACCGGGCUCCCCGGCGGCUCUGGGAGAACGGGACUUGUGGGACCUAAAGGAGAGUCGGUGCUCGGUCCACCAGGCCACCCCGGGGUGCCGGGUUCACCGGGUAUCCCAGGGUACGGCAGACCAGGACCGGUCGGCCCCGCGGGGCCCCCGGGGCCUCCGGGCCCCUCUGGGUCCUCCUCAAGAUACGGUUCAGCUGUGACUAUUUCCGGCCCCCCUGGACCUCCAGGACCCCCUGGAGCUUCGGGUAACGCAGCAUCUCUGAAAACAUUUGCGACCCGUGAGAGCAUGAUGCAGCACACCGUCAGGGACGCAGAGGGAACUCUAGCGUACGUCACGUCCACAGGAAGUCUCUUCCUCAAGGUCUCCCAGGGAUGGAAAGAGAUGCAGCUUGGCAGUCUGAUCUACGUGUCCAACAACAUUAUUCCACAGGAUGAGCCCCGUGUUGCAUAUCAGAUAAGAGGAGACACGAUGGAAAGAAUACGUUCAGUUAACGAAAAGCUCAACCUGGUGGCCCUGAACCAGCCGCACUCAGGCGACAUGAUGGGGCUCGACACGGCCGACCGCAUGUGUUACGAGCAGGCCAAGGCGAUGGGUCUGGCUCCGAACUUCCGCGCCUUCAUCUCCUCACACAGGCAGGACCUGGUCCAUGUGGUCUAUCCUGGCUUCAGGGAAACUCUGCCAGUUACCAACCUCAGGGGAGACGUCAUGUUUAGGAACUGGAGGUCCAUUUUCAAUGGCGACGGCGGGGCAAUGGAUGCCAGGAUACCCAUCUACUCCUUUGACGGCCGGGAUGUUUUAGCCGACCCCUUCUGGCCUCAGAAGAGUAUCUGGCACGGCUCCAGCAGCAGGGGCGUCCGGGCGGUGCACAAACAUUGUGAGACGUGGCGAGCCGACCACAUGUCUGUCAUGGGCCAGUCAUCCAGCCUGACCUCAGGUCUGCUCCUGGGCCAGCAGACGCGGAGCUGUUCCAACCAGUACAUCGUUCUCUGCAUCGAGACACACAAAAACCUUUAAACCCCCCCGAUGCCACUCAACCAGGGAGCCCACCCCAGCCCCGUAAACACUCUGGAGUGUCUUUCCUAGAAAGGGACGUCGGCUUCAGCACAUCUUCAGUGCUACGUGUAGCUUAUUAAAACAAAACAACACCUUUUCUGUCACAAAGAGGAUGUUAGCACUAUUUAUUUGUCCUCCCUCGUCGGACGUCAUCGUUCUUUCUGAGGAGCGAGAAGAUUCUUAGACUUCAGCCGAGGUGUAACCCUGGAAGGUAAAGUGUGCAGUUGAUGCGACACUGGAACUGGAAUCAUUUUGCGGAUUGCUUCCGAUCCAAAGUCGCCUUGUGUUGAGAAGCAUCCGGGAGAUCUGUCCUCGUAUACGACCUGGUGGCACAUAAAGUAAACACGGAGACGAAGAGUCUCCUCAGCAGCAGAAUGAAUAAUGCUAACAUCUCAAAGAGAGUGUGCUAACGCUUUAUAAUGUUCAACCCAGCACCUUUUAUUCUUCAUACAUCUGUCACUUUACAACAACAAAGCAUGAGCUCACUCAAACAUAGUCCCCGAGGUGUGUUGAGGACAAGACGUCUCUUUCACGAGUUCAUCGUGUCUUCGUCGUCUCAAGAGAAGCUGCAGGAAUCUGCACAAAGAACGAGGAAGAUUCUUACAAAUGAUAGAUUUCCAAAGACGUUUGUGGUGGAAGCAUAAAUAAUUACUUUCACUGUUUUGUUUACAGGUUUUCAUGGAGAGUUUAAAAAGAUAAUCUGUUUCCAUCCUCGUCCCUCGUCGAGACACACAACCAGUGUCGCCACCAAAGUCAUGUUUUGAUGCACUGUACUUUAUUUUUAAAGAUAUCUUCUAGCUCAACAUUUUCAUUGUUGAACGUGUUUGUGUUGUAGCUUUCUACGUCUCACAUCUUAGCAGCUCUUUCUCUCAAGAGGCUAUUUAAUUUAAAUUCAAUGAUUUAUUUAUACCGUCACAGCACAUACCAUGAAAUCAGAUCAUUAAAUUUAAGAAUGUAAUUUAUCGUUUGUUGUUUGUUAAAUGUUUCUUCUCUUUUUCUAUUUUUUGUACAUUUUCCCUCUUUUUCUUUUUUUCUUUUACGUUUUCUAGAUUUCCGGACAAUGUUGACAACAAACAUUCCACCUAACGUAGAGACACAAAUAUUUCAUGCUGAAACUAAAAUACUAGAAAAUGAAAUUUCAAGGGAGAAAGUCAAAUGUUUUUCUAUAAAUAUUGGUGCUUUGUUGAAUAAAGUUCUCUUUUCAUAAAGUU